GCUGGUGGAGUGGGCUGGUAGGAGUGGCUGAGGCGCUGGCACUCUGCUUUGCAUGAAUCGUGGACUCCCAAGUUAGUGGCUGCAGCUUAGAUAUUUCCUGUCAGCCUCACACAGCCGAGGCGAGGGCGGAGGAGACGAGGAGAGGGAUGGCAGAGAACAGCUCCGAGACAAGCAGCUCCCUUCACCGGAGAUGUUUGGCCCAUUCUCCGGCGGAGAGAAACAUUUCAGCCGGUGUCGGGGCAUCGAAAUGGAUCCGGCUAAACGUCGGCGGGACGUAUUUUUUAACAACAAGACAGACGCUGUGUCGGGAUCCCAAAUCAUUUCUGUACAGACUGAGCCAAGCUGACCCCGAGCUCGACUCCGACAAGGAUGAAACUGGUGCCUAUCUCAUAGACAGAGACCCCACAUACUUUGGGCCAGUGCUGAACUACUUGAGGCAUGGCAAACUGGUGCUCAACAGGGACUUGGCAGAGGAAGGUGUGCUAGAAGAGGCCGAAUUCUACAACAUCACAUCAUUAAUAAAACUCAUCAAGGAUAAGAUCAGGGAACGCGACUGUAAAACAUCACAGGUUCCAGUGAAGCAUGUGUACCGGGUGCUGCAGUGCCAGGAGGAGGAGCUGACACAGAUGGUGUCUACCAUGUCUGAUGGCUGGAAGUUUGAACAGCUUGUCAGUAUAGGUUACGGGCGGGCCCACCAGUCAGAGUUUCUGCUGAUUGUGUCAAGGGAGGUGAAGGGAGAGGAGUCUGCUUUGCCAAACAACAGCGGAGAGCUGGUCAGCAUAGGCUCCUCUUACAACUACGGAAACGAAGACCAAGCCGAGUUCCUGUGUGUAGUCUCCAAGGAGCUGCACAAUCAAUCAUACGGGACAAACAGUGAGCCCAGUGAGAAGGCCAAGAUCCUUCAGGAAAGGGGUUCCCGGAUGUGAAGAGGACUCAGUAUUAUGAGAUCCAGGUGUUAUGAUGCUAACAUAUCAUCUUUUGUGGAAGAACGUUUGGCACAAUGGAGAUUUAAAGUUGGGGGGUGUGCAUUUAUUUUGUGUUUUCCCUCCAUUUUCGUUUUUAUUUCUUGAUGUAAAUAAGUCUGUUUACUGACAAUUUGUGCCUGUACGUUUAAACUGGACCUUUUUUUUUAUUAUGAAUUAGCGGCAAGUUUUUUUUUUUUCUAAUUGAGACUAAGGAAUUGCAAUCUACAAAUGUUUUAUGCUAUAAAAUAUGGCCAUCAUCAUAUAAGGCCAAUGAUUCACUCAGGGUCAUCUAUUGAGUUAAUUCUUAUAUCCUCCAACUCAAGGGUCUGGUAAGGGAUCAAUCAGUAUGGUCUUUAUAACUACAAAGUAUCAAUCUCAAAAUCAUUGUUUAGUGAUGUUAAGAAGGGAAUUGUGCAUUUAUUCAGUGCAUUUUAAAGAGUUAGGUUAUUAAAUGUGAAAUUACACCCCAGAAACGGAAAUGAUAAAUUAGUUUUCCAAAGAUUUCCUACAGUUACACUGAGAUUUGUGAUCAUGAGGAUCCCAGCGAUAUGACACACUGAGGCAUUCGAAACAUUAGUUUGGUUCAAAAAUAUUUUUCUGUAUGUGUUUACUGUCAGAAAAGGAAUGAUCAUAUUCUCAGAGCAGCAUGAAAACUGUAUCAACAGAAACGUUUGGUAAUACAGGUAAAGGGGCGUUGGGUUAUUUAUCACUAGCAGAGUUUUUUACGGUAAUGAGGAAGUGACCUGUAAUGAACAGAAAUAUAAAAGUCACAUUUUCACAUAGACUGUAAGUUAUAUAUGGCGAUGGCUAAUAUGGCGACGACAGAUGCUUCUUAAUUGUUUUAUACUGCUUGAGAAGUAAAUGUAUUGCUUGUGUAGCCGCUUGUGGAGUCAUGCACUCAUCUUGCGUCCAUGGUAAAACGUACCCACAGAUAUGGCCAGUUUACGCUGUGGGAUUAAAUAAUUUUCAUGAAGUCUGAUUACUUAAAUCAUAAGCAUUGGAUACAUGCUAAGCCACCCAUGUUCACUCAGAACGUGCUUCAAAGUAAGAUUUUGCUGCUUCUGCAGAUGUGGUCUUUUGGUCGUGUAGACACGUCAAAUUGCUCUUUUAAAUGUUGUAAAGGAAAUUUAUAUCAAGUUUAAUUUGCUGGACAUUGAUCUUAACUCCUCAUGUUCAUAAGUCUAAAGUUAACUGGCCAAAACAGUCAAUGGUGUUUUAAAAUGCGAGUUCUGUUUUACAGUGAUUUAUUUUUUAAACAUCAGUGUCCCGUUUCCUGUCGGGAAAAAGGUCCUCAAGACAAUUGCGUCUUUUUUGGGUUUUGUUUUUUUCCCCACUGACUUCUGAGUAGGCUUGAGCGAUAUCUUUUUUUAUACCCUGAAAUUCCACUUUUGGGUGUGUGGUGUAUAUGACGGCGUUAGUGAGCUGCGCUAGCUAAUGUCCCCCCUUGACUAGGGAGUUUUCUACACUCUGCAAGCACUCUCAGCUUUUUCAGUUUAAUAAAUAAUCAUUAUAAACUCUCAAAAUGUCAAGAAGGGUAAUAGUCUUACACCUGUUUCCCUUAUUAAACAGAGAAAUACAACCACACCUUCUGAAUUCAAGUUACUCUUUUAUCAAACGAAGUCUAGCUUAAUUGCGUUAACUCGUCGUAAAACACACUCCAUUCAAACUUGGCAGAAACAAUAUAACGUGUCAUUCAGUUAGUCCACUUUUCCAACAUACACCAGCUAUAGUUGGUUAAAAUGAACCCCUAAUUCACAGAGUUACACGACUGUCGCGGCUGUUAUAGUCCUGUAACGAUAUCCCCACCACAGCUCAGCUGCCUCUUUCACCAGUAGAGACUGACCCCUGGUGGCGAAUGAUGUGCACUACAUAAAAUGAGCUAAACAGAAAGAGGAGCGUCUGUAUUUUUUGACGGUAUUGGAAAUCACACUGUAAGGAUUUCUAAACAUCCUGGUAUACCUUGAUACCGCCCAAGCCUACUUCUGAGUUGUACGUAACUAGUUUAUGUUUGAGGGAAGAUCUUGUUUGUUUACGAGCUUUUUUUUUCCUGAGAAGUAUUCGAGGUGUGGGAGGUUUUAUGGACUGGAACAGUUUGAAGGCAGUGGUGAAGGACUUUCUGAUCAUAUCCAGAGGAUUUUGUUUUGAUGUAAAUAAUCCAAAUUCAAUAUUAAUAUUUAACUCUUUAAAGAAAAAAAGAAACUGCACGUUUUGUACACUGUAUAGAAAACACAACUUGGAACGGAAGUUGUUUAUACUGGAUCUUUAAAAAUGAGAAAACCUUGACAAUGUUAACUUCUGUUUUGCAUUGUUUGUACAGAGAUUUCUGCAUUAGGUUUGAAACAGCUGAUGCUGAACAUGGUGUCUUUCACUGAGAACAUGCCUGGAACAUGUUUUGAUAACCAAUAACAAAGCUAUACUUGGCUGGCUAUGAAGUUGACUGUUACAUUUAAAAAAAAACAAAACAAAUGUAUUUUUCCUGCAUUGUGAUAGAUUCUUCUAAGCAUUUUGAAUUGUGUAGAUUUCGUACACAGCAUUACAAGCACUACAGUGGAAAAAACACACUGUGCACAUUGCUUACAAGCCUGUAAUGUUGUUAAUGUAAAUACUGCAUUUUAGAACACUUUUUUUUAUAGAAAGUUGUUUUCAGGUUUGAUGUGUGGUUUUGAUAGGUUAGAUAUUUCAUUCACAAAUAAUCAUUUAGUGUUGCCUUUUUUUCCCCAAUGACCAAAAUCCAAUGUCUUAUGUGUAUUGUACACAUUGAUCUUAGUGUCAGGGAUGAGUAAACUUUUCUUAAUGCUGGCACACUUUGUACAUAUAGACUUGUUAACGACACACAAACCUCCAUUUACUCACAUGUACACGUAUACACUUGACUAAAACAAUUUUUAUAUUGUCGGGGAAACAAGUAUGGAUGCAUGUUUUUUGAUAUAGAUAUACACACAUGUACACACGGACACACACAAGGGCUUUUAAAGUGCAAAAUUUGACAAAGAGGUUCAAUCAAAGUAGACUGGAUUUCCUGCCAGAGCUGGGCUAUGUUUACAUUUGCUAUAGUAUUCUGAAGCCUUCCAAUUAUGUACUGUCUUGCACUCCCUCACACACGUUAACACGAGUCUGACUUGUGUGACUGCACCAAUGGCAACUAGCACUCCCCAUUCCACAUGGACUGAUAUUCACACAGAUGUGCUGACUGAUUAUACUCCAUCCACUCCUGGCAGUCUGUGCUUGAGCGUUACAGACAAUCUUGCUUUCCGCCCUCUGAUGGCAGAGAUACUCACUUUUAAUAGGAUGAUACUCACCUGCAUUGGCUCAGAGCAAAGGUUUAUUUCUUCUUUUGAGACUUCUUUCUGCAAUGAGAUUUAAAGUGUUUUUGUGUUUGGUUUGCUUGUAACUUCAUUUGAUAUACUCUGAUCCGAGGUGUUUAACCCCUCUACGUUUAGCAGCUACAUUACCUUUUAAUGCCCUUCACAAACAGGUCAUCUGGUUGAGCAUUUGGCAUUGAUAAUCAUUUCAUGUGAUGGACAAACUUAUCAAAUCUGUAGCCUAAUACUUAUAAGUGCCCAGUUUGUUUUGCAUUCAAGCCACAGAUCACUGUAAUGCAUGGUUGAAGAUGAUCACACUUGUAAUCAGAGGGAAUGAAUGUGUCAUUUUUCCUCAAUCUAGCAAUUACAUCAGUGAAUAAGGUUCUCAUAUCACUACAUAGAUCACUAUUCUAUAUGAUCUUAUGCAAUGUUUAAAAUGUACAAAUUAAGUAUGAGGUUAAGGGGAUAGAUCUAUAUGGUCUUGCAUAAGGUAAACCCAAUAAAAAUGUUGUCAUUGAU